CGAUUCAUAAAAAGCGCGAUCGCGCGCCCGUUCUCCUCUUCGUUCGCGUAAGUCGCGGUACAGCGACACGCGCGAGACUUACCUACGUAUAAGUGCACAUGCACACACACACACGCAGACAUAUGUGUAUAUGUACAGAUUUACAGCGGUGUGUCGGUUAGCACCAAGGCACCGAUGUAGGUGUAUAUACGCUCUGUCUCGUAGGUGUACACCAUCGCGGUUUGGCGCGGCCGCGCGCGCUGUUCUUGGCACAGUUUCUGGUCAUCUCCUAUCGCGAGCGGAACGCGCGCGCGAUUUCCACCUCGCAUCUCGUCCCGUCUCUUCAGCAUCCAGCGUCCCGUUUUUCCUUAGAUCGUUUCACCUAGGUCGAUCGAUCGCGGAAAAGCGGAUCCGAGAUGAUGUGAGUACGCGCGAGUCUCGCGAUAUAUACAUGUAUAGUCCUUUAUUUGCUCCGAAUCGGUGUGUUGUGUGAUGGUUUAUAGAUCGUUUUAUUCGAUCAAAGGUGGAUACGUUGAUAUAUAGGAGUUGAGGAAUUUGAUCGGAUCAAUCAGAAGUGAAUGCUAAAUUAUUCACGACCGAAGUAGCAAGAUAUAGCUGACGGUGACUCGUAAAUAAGAAUGCAGUUGAAAACGUGUUGCAGGUGUUGUUCCCUGAAAACGGGAACAAUUUUUAGCGGAGUAUGCGGAAUCGUACUCGCCGUGAUUUCUCUAAUUCUGAUCUUCACGGCGAACGUAGAAUGGAAAACGAUAAUCAUCGACAUCCUGGACCAAACGGCCGUAAAGAUCAUCUUCGCGAUCAACCUCUGUAUGACCAUCCUAAUCUCUACGCUGCUCAUAAUCGGCACUAUAAGAAAAAAUACAUUUAUGAUGCUACCAUGGGUGGUCCUAGGUAUUAUGUUGGCCGUCGGCCUUUUUGUGAGCGUCCUUUAUACCGCAAUCAUGUUCUUCAUAAACCAUGAAGUUAUGAACGGUGUUCUGUGGCUUAUCUUCGGUCUACUUGUUGUCGUGGUAUACACGUACAUGUGGCUCGUGGUGUACAGUUACUUUCAAGAACUGAGGAUCGAGAAAUUGAGCAAAAGAAUGGGUCCCUACGGAAAACCGUAUACUUAUCGACGACCAUGACGGAACACCAUGGUGGAACACUAUCAUUCGUAUAAGCGCAUACAAAACUCAUAUCGAUUCGCGACAUGGUGUUGUAUAUAAUAAGUAUAGUCGAUUGCAAAUUGCGAUGGUUCGUGUUCGCUUUCGCAACUACCUGGUUCGCCAAGAAAUCACCUUGAAAAGUGUACUGUUAAAUGACGAUGUUAUCUUGAGUCGACUAAAAUACUGACUAAUUUUCUACGAUUGCAAUUUAUCACAUAACAAAUUAUAUAUGUAAGAAAUAGAGUGAGAAGAGAGACGUCGUAUGAAAAUAUAUCUUUCCGUGCAUUUUUUACAAAUUUAUGUAUAUGUAUGUAAUAAUAACGCGUAGAGAUAUAUUUUCAUCAAUCGCGCAGCUUAUAUAUUUUUCGCACACCAAAGCACGAUAUAUUUCGAUUUACAUGACUGGAUGUUUCGUAAAAGCAUCCCAUAAUUCAUAAUAAAGUAAACAAAUGCUAGUUAUAUUAAAUAAUAUUUAUUUUUAUUAAUAUUAUUAUUAUUAAUUUUUUCCGGAUAAAUAAAUGUUAUAAUUUUUUAACAAAUUUUGCUUCGAAACGAUUACAAAUAUUCUACAUGCCAUUAUUAAUCUAUAACAAAAACAUGAGUUUAUAUAUAUACAUACAUAUAUA